GGCUUUAUCAGUCCUUACACAGAAACCAAUUCGGGUUUGGUUACCUGGUGGUAAUUUGUAUAAAAUCAUAAAUGGCGCACGUAGGAAUGAAAAUGCGGCAACGAUUGAUAUAGAAUACCACAAUGUCAGGUCUACGAAUCAACGAAUUGGUCAUUGGACCCUCAUGGGUAACAAGGAGCCUGUGGACAUUAAACCUGAUUUGAACAGGUGUUUGUUCAAUGUGAUCGCCGCGCAAACCGGCAACAAUCCUGUUAAAUUAAGAUCCAACACCAUCCGAUAUUUAAAAAAUAAUAUAAACGCGCUGAUCGAUCAAAUCGAUAGUACCUUAUCGUCGUACGAUAAGAAGGAAACGACUUUGCUGAUCGGUGGUGCAUGCUACCAUGGUAAGUCGCCUACUGCAGCUGGGAUAAUUUUAGAUCGAUCGCAAAAUAUAUAUUGUCAUAAUUGUACGCAAAAGGGUCACCCGAGGGGGCAUGCCUCCGAUAAAAACGCCACGGGUCCUUUGGACAGCGUCGAGAAUUAUUCUCGUACGGGCUUUAAAUCAGGGUUUCUGAGUAGAGCCGACCAAAAUAAUGUUGCGCAUUUCGCGUUGAUUCAUCGAAAUGCGGUUGAUGCGAUGGAAAAUUUAAACAAGGGGGUGGACAGUCAAAGCGUCUCAAUAUCGGCGCGCGAUUUACAAAUUCUCGGUUGUGAAUUACCCCAAAUGAUGGAAUGGAGAGACGGUAAAGAAAUUAGUGGGUUACUAAAUAUACAAAAUAUUCUGCUCGUGCUACGGCAUCAUGAGGGCAAGUACGACGAUCCCGAUGCUGAUGUGUUCGUGCAUACUUUUUAUCCAAAAUCAUACUGAUGGAGUAAGAAAUGUAAUAAUUUGUCAAAUAAAUAUGGUUUGAAAAGGUGGAGGAAAAAAAGUUUAGAAGAA